UUGACGCCUCAGUAAACAACAACUUAACGCAAUACACCAAAGCAUUCCGAGAUAAUCAGGUCACCAUACGCGCUGCAUACAGCAAUGGUACCAGUCCAAAUAAAAGCCCAAAGAGGCGAAGAAAGCAAAUUAAAAAUCAUUGUUGUGGGCGCAGGCCUUGGUGGACUCGGUGCAGCGAUUGCGCUGCUUCUAGCUGGCCAUGAAGUUUCCGUUCUAGAAUGUGCCAACGAAAUCGCCGAGGUGGGGGCUGGGAUCCAAGUCCUACCCAAUUGCUCUCGUGUGCUCAAGUCCUGGGGCAUGGGCCCUGCAUUGGAAAAGUACGCAACGAGACCAAGAGGUGUGAACAUGAUGGGCUGGAAAGGGAAUCUUAUUUCCUCUAUGAGCUUUCAUGACUCGGCCGCUCAAUAUCCCGGCACCUGCUAUUGGGACUUUCAUCGCGCCAACCUGCAUGGGUGUCUGCUGGAAAGAGCAUUAGAGCUCGGCGCAAACGUUCGAUGUAGGGCUAGGGUUAUGAAUGUCGAAGUUAUUCCUGACGGAGCGACAGCAACUGUGAAACUCGAGAAUGGUGAGCAGAUUGAUGCCGAUUUGGUUGUUGGUGCGGACGGCAUUAAUAGCAGAUUACGAGAAAUUAUGCUGGGACGGCCUGAUCCACCGACUCCUACCGGUGAUCUUGCUUAUAGAUUACUUUUAUCGGCAAAGGAUAUUAUGAAGGACCCUGAAUUAGCCAGUUUCGUUACCGAUCCACAGGUCAAUUAUUGGCUCGGUCCAGACGCCCAUGCUGUCAACUAUGUUCUUCGUGGCGGAGAGCUUUUUAAUAUGGUGUUACUUGUGCCCGACGACAUGCCAGCCGGCGCAUCGACAUUGGAAGGAAACGUGGAGGAGAUGAGAGCUAUGUAUAAGGACUGGGAUCCGAGGAUACCAAAGUUUCUCAAACUCUGCGAAUCGGUCUACAAAUGGCGCUUGUGUAUAAGGAAGGGCCUGGAUGAAUGGAGCCAUCCAUCUGGAGCUUUUACGCUUUUGGGUGACUCUGUCCAUGCUACCCUGCCGUACCUUGCGAGUGGCGCAGGCAUGGCGCUCGAGGAUGGUGCUGUUCUUGGCGAAUGCUUUUCUCGUAUCAAGGACAAAUCCCCCGCUUCUAAGAAGAUGGCCCUUGAAGUGUAUGAGAAUUGUCGCAAAAGACGAACCGAAAUGGUGGUCGAGCGUGGCAAUAUGCAGCAAUAUUUGUAUCAUUUACGUGAUGGACCGGAACAAGAAGAGCGAGACAGGCGCAUGAGAAUGAAACCAACGGUAGCUGGCGAAGCACUAGCUUGGCGUGAUCCUGAGCUGGCACCGAAGCUGCUCGGUUACCAUCAUGUAAAGGAUGUUGACGAACAUUGGCCACAGUCAAUUUCUGCUACCGGCCCUACCGAGAGUUUUGGAAUGACGAUACCCAGACUGUAAAUGCAAAACGAUUCGAGACAGUCAAGAAAUACCCCAUUUGGACUUAUUAGAACUGAGC